GCUAAACUCGUUAAUUUCUGGAAUUUCCCUAUCCCUCCCCACUCAUUGUGGACAGCCUGUUUCACUUUCUGUUGAGAGAAGGAAACUGGCUUCUGAAGGAGCAGCUGAGCUCUUGACUGAAUCCUGAGCCUCAGCAGUCACAGGCCCCUGAGACUUUUCCAAGCAUCUGACCUAAUCCGCCUCCAGGGUGUGCAUGUUGGCUGGUGGGUCCUCAGUGAAGACCACUGCCAUAUUGGUAACAGUGACCUGCCUGACCGUCACAACACCAUGUCCACCGGUAGGACAUCCCCAGACAAGUGCGGCUUGUGCAUCGUGUUCAGCUGUCUCCGUGUGCCACAGCUGGCCUGCAUCAUCUCAGCCUUCUUCCUGGUACUCGACAAGGGGAUUCGGUGGGGGGACAUAAGUAACCGGAUCAUGUUCAGCUGGUGCUUCUGUAUCAUCGGUACCCUCACCAUCGUCAUACUGGAAUUAUAUAGGUUCCCGACCGACUUUCCUUUCUGCUGGUACAACUUCUCCAUCACCUAUGCCUGCUAUGCUGCCCUCACCUGCCUCUCAGCCGCCAUCUUCUACCCCAUCACCUACAUCAAGUUCUUGCCUUAUGAUGCCAGCCGAAACCGGGCCAUUGCCGCCACUGUGUUCUCCUGCAUCGCAUGUGUGGUUUAUGUCAUGGAAGUGGCCUGCAUAUGGGAAUGCUACAAGCUCAAGGAGAUCCCCUGCUACGUGCACACCAUGCCAGGCCUGCUGAAGGUGCUAGAGACCUUCGUGGCCUGUGUUAUCUUUGUUUUCAUCAGCAACACCUCCCUGUACAUGGACCAGCCAGCCCUGGAGUGGUGCGUGGCCGUGUACUCCAUCUGCUUCAUCCUGGCAGUUGUGGCCAUGCUGAUGGACCGGGAUGAAUGGGAGAGCAGGCUGCCCGUCUCCUUUCCCGUUUUUCAUCUGGGACUGACCUUGCUGUCUAUCCUCCUCCACUUCACUGCUCUGGUCCUCUGGCUGCUCUACCAGUUUGAUGAGAAGUAUGGUGGGCAGCGCCAGCAGUCCAGUGAUGUGAACUGCGUUGAUAGAACUACCAACGGCAUGUGCACCUGGGACCAGCGCCUGGCUGUGGCCAUUCUAACAGCCAUCAACCUGUUGAUUUACAUGGCCGACCUGGGGUACUGGGCCCACCAGGUUUCUGUAGGGACUGGGGGUCAACCCACAGACUCCUGAUCCUCUCUGCUCACAGGAGAUCUCUACUGAGCUCUGACACCCUCUGGUGCCCUCUUCCUGGCUCCCUCUCUCCCUCCUCACAUCCUUCCCCAUUCAUCUCACUCUUUUUUCUGUUUCCUUCCCUCCUUCUGCUUUGUCUCCUUCCUGUCUUAUGUGAUAGCCCCCAUUCUCUUUCACCUCUUUCUCUUGCUUUGCUCAUCUUUUCUACAUUUUCUGCCUUUACCCCCAUUCUGAGUGUCUUUGUUUUCUCACCUCUGUGUCCUGACCACCUCUUCCCAUCUCCCUUCUUCUGAUCCGUCAGGACCUGAGACUCGUUCCUCCUCUGCCCACCGCCCCCUCCCACCUUCUAAGGUGCUGACUCCACGUCACACAGCCCUCUGUGCAGCUGUUCACACCCUGGGCCUCCGGAGGGGCCUCAUUGCCAAAGGCUGUCUCUCCCGCUGGGGUGCCUUAGCUGGUAAUUGUCUGUGUGAUUUUUGGAGGGUGAAGGUGGGUGGUAAGUCACUGGACACUCUCUCCCAGUGGAACGUUGGAGUCUCUGGAGGUCAAUAAUUCCCAGUUGGCAGGAGGUUUAAAGCACAGGCCCUGGGCCCCAGGGCCCCACCUGGUGCUCAGCCCCACCUGAGACUGGCUGUAGAAUUUUUGUAGGCUCACUAAACACCCACUCCCUAGAGGGCAUCUUAGAGGAAGCCAGGGGUCAAUACCUUCCAUCCCAACUAUGCUUUGGGGAAUCACCAAAGGAGCUGCCGAAGAACCCUAGGGUUGUGUUGGUGAGGGACAGCGAUGUGGAUGUCCUGCCUCAGUGAUCAAAACUGCAGUCUUGCCUCUGCCGGGAGAAGAGCAUGGCCCUUGCCAGCCUUAAAGUGAUGGUAACCUGCUUUGUUUUUUUUCUGUUCUCUUCUUUUUUCUGAUUGGGAAGGCAAAAAUUACUGGGUGACCCUGUUCUUAAAGGGGAAGCUUCUUUUCAAAUUUUCUUGGACAGGUUGUUUGGAGAGGGAAGAAAGUUGCUGUUCCCAUUGUCAAAAUAACUGCACUGCUUGAGUGUGCAGUGACACACAGGUUUUUUUUUUAUAAAGAGUUUUUUUUUUAAAUUAUUUAUUGAUUGAGUUUUAGCUGUGCUGAGACUUCGCUGUUGUGAGUGGGCUUUCUCUAGUUGCAGAGCACUGACCAUAGUGCACACAGGUUUCAGUAGUUGUGGCACAUGGGUUUAGUCACUCUGCUGCAUGUGGGAUAUUCCCAGACCAGGGAUUGACUCCAUGUGCCCUGCAUUGGCAGGUGUACUCUACCCACUGUGCCACCAGGGAAGUCCACAUGUGUGCUUCUGUGUGCUGGUUGCUUUCUGCUGCUGCUUCCUGAUUCUCUGGGACUCAGGCAUAAUGCCAUCUAUAAAAUGCAUACAACUUUUUUUUCAUUCCCAGAGCUUUUGGUUCCCAUCAGCCCCUGCUGUCAAUCGUUGAGAAUAGCAUUGUCCCUUCUUCCACAUUCAUAAUGUAGCUUUUUAAUCUCAUUAUAAAAGUGAAAGAAAAAGACAAAGACAAAAAACUCCAGAACCAAAUCCACAUACUCUAAUUGCACCCAAUUUGUCUAGAGCUCAGAAGGUCCUAGCCAAUUCCCACCCUCACCAAAGCUAGGUCUCUGGGAGCCCCUCCCACUGACUCCCAUCCACAACUGGCCUGGGGGUGUGGCCCAGCCUGUGACACAAGAGAAUGGGCUCCACCCCGGUGCCAGCAUCUUUUCCUCUAACUCUUAAAGGGGCCAUGAGGGCACUUGGAUGCCUCUCCAGAAAGAUGUGUGCCUGUGUGUAUGCUCAGUGCAGGUAUGUGUGUGUACAUGUGUGACCAUGUGCUUCCCUGCAUUGAGACCACAGCCCUUUACAGUAACUGAUGGCUGUGAAGGCCCCUCAAUCUCCUGUCCUCAACCUCAAAGCCUCAAGCUCAGCAUCCUAGAGUCACCAGGGCCAGAGGAGCCAGGCAAGCAGAGCUGUGGGGGAGGGGAGGUGGAGGACCCCCUCUGCUCACCCUCACUCCUGUACUGGGAUGAAGCAUGUGAUCUUCACCCAGGGGCAGGUGGGGUGGAGGGGGAGGGCUCCCAGGAGGCCAUCCACAUCACAGGGAAAUCUUAAGAAGGACUGAAAUAAAAUUUUUAUUUUAAAGCAAGAUAAGAAAAAUUUAAAGAUAAAAAAUUUCUCUUUUUUGGCCUCUUCCCUCCAUUCUAGUACACUUUGUGCAUCUGUAUUAUGUGUUAACCAGCCCUCAUCAAGGGCAGAAAUACCUACUCAAACAUAAAGAUGAGUUUCUCUGGUACACGCAUGUAACUCCUUAGAAGGUAACACUACUUACUUAUUAAGACCUUAUUAAUGUCACUAGCUAUGUUACUUUAUUCUACCUAUUUUACAAGACUCUUAUUUCUUGAAUUAACAAAUGAGUGAUUGAGCCUAUAAUAAACAAUCAUGAUGACC